GCCCGAUAGCUUGUCCAUGGAACGUCCCAGCCAGCGCGCGGAGAAGGUUCGCCGAGUUUGUCCUUGAAGAUGACAUUCCAGAAGAGCGGCACAGUUCGGAAGAAACUUUUCUAACCACUGCGCCUGAUGUGGAGACUUGUGUCGAUUUUCUCUUGGAAUUUCACAUUACUCUGGGAUUGUUGAGAUACUUUGUUUCCCGGUAUGGAGCAGUACGUGCUAUUGGCGUUUUGGAACAUCAGGCUUUUUACAUGUACAGUGUAUUUUUAAUAGUUUAUAUGGUGUGAAGCUAAACAAUGACUGUCCCCCCAAAUGUCCACGAUUUCGGAAAUACGACGUCGUCUCUGUGGUCCAGUAAUAGAAUUAGCAUGGCUGGAGUAGCAUAAGUUUCACAAAGUUUUUCUCGCUCUCUCUUUAUUGGCAUAAUAGAGUUGUCUUGGGACCUUCAUGUUGGAAGAACAGUCAGAAUCGUAUUUGGAGCAAGCGCACGUUUUUAUUCCCUCAGGCUUUUCCCAAAGGGUUAAAUGGUGCUGAUAACAGAGGACAGGGAUGGAGGGGGAUCUUCUCCGCUUAGAAGCAAACAAAUUCAGCUGGGUAGAACUGUCGGCGUAGCUCAAGUACAUCCCGAAGCAGACGCGCAAGUAGUUUUGUCAGAAAAUGACCAUCUCGGUUCUUAUGAAUCCGAAGGUUAUGACGAUGGGGAUUUUGAGGAGUAUGAUGAGUUCUCGGAAUUACCUGACACCAGAAGCAUCGCCUCGGAUGACUCGUUUUACCCACUGGACGGCGACUAUGAUGAAGGAUCCCCUGAGAGUCCGGAACCCCUAUCGUUGUUUAAGGCAUGUUGUACCAACAACGCUGGCAUGGUCAAACUUAUGAUACGACAAGGGGUGAUAGAGGAAGAUGCCAAAGAGACUGACCAGAACAAUCGGACGGGCCUGAUGGUGGCGUGCUACCAAGGCUACGUGGACGUGGUCAUCAACCUCUCGCAGUGUCCGCACGUGGACGUGAACUGGCAGGACAAGGAGGGCAACACGGCGCUCAUCACGGCAGCACAAGCAGGGCACAUCACCAUCACUAACUACCUGCUCAACUACUUCCCGGGGGUGGACCUGGAGCGGAAGAACGUCCACGGCUUCACGGCGCUGAUGAAGGCCGCCAUGCAGGGACGGGUGGAGUGUGUGCGCGCCCUCAUGCUGGCAGGAGCGGACAUGAAGGCCCGUGACCACGGCCGCAAGCUGACCCCGCGGGAGUGGGCCCUGUUCACCGGCCGCUACGACACGGCCUACGCCAUGCUGCGCCUGCUGAACCGGCCGUGCCCCGAGCAGGCGCGCGGCUCCUACCUGCCCGAGUGGCCGCUGCUCUCCGUGCUGGUGGCCAAGGCCCAGGAGCCCAAGGGCUGCCUGCGCCGCAUGUCCGACUCCAUCCGCGGCGCCUUCACGCUGGCCAACGUCACCGACCCGGUGGAGGACGGCGCGCUGGACCACAUGGUGCGCAUCACCACCUCGCUCUGCAGCCCCUUCAUCAGCACGGCGUGCCAGACCGUGUGCCCGGGCAGCCCGCCUUGCGUGGGCAAGCGCCGCCUCUCCGUGCCCGAGAUCGUCAAGAAGCAGCGGGCCGAGCAGCUCAAGGGCCUGGGGCCCGAGCGGCUGGACAACCACCGGCGGCUCUUCCAGAACUCGCGCGUGGUGCUGGUCAGCAAGCCGCGCGACCGCCGCACCAGCCUGCAGCCGCACCUGCUCCUGAUGGAGACGGCGGUGGCGGCGUCGUCGUCCGGCGCCGUCUCGCCCACCGAGGCCCUGCGGCGGGGCAGCCUGAUGCCGCUGCACAUGGUGCGGCGGAGCAGCGUGCGGCCGGGCAUGGGCGUGCCCAAGCUGCGCGUCUCCAAGGCGCCGGCGUCCGACUACGUGCCCGAGAAGAGCCGGCGGAGGAGCAGCAGCAAGGACAACGGGCAGUUCCUGCAGCUCCCCAAGUGGAGGUACAAGGAGAUGAAGGAGGAGCGCAAGAAGGCCGAGGAGGCCGAGAAGAGGAGGCUGGAGGCGGCCUCCAGGAAACCGUCGCCCUCCAGAAAGAAGAAGUGACAUCCAGCGUCACGGUUCUCCAGGUUCCUCCAUGAUUCUAGAGUUCCAGGUUCUUUCCUGGUUCUAGGACUGGUUGAGCUCCGGUUCCGCCCCCAGAUGAGCCUUUUCACGAUAGAUUGUAUUUAAUACUUGAAAUGUUUGACAUAAUUUAUUUUUGUAUUUAUGUUUAUUUUUUGAAAUAGACUUAACACUGAGAGCAGAGCUUUUUUUUAUUUUUAUUUCACUACAGGGUUUGACUAACAAGUCCUGAGAAACAGAGAGAGAUGUAGAGAGUUGCCUUCGUGGGUGUGGUGGGUGUGCAGGUCCAGGAUCAGUCUGGUGCAUUUCCUCAUUUACUAAACCCAGACAGUGCAGUCAACAGCGAUCAGACUGCACUGCACGAGGAAAGAGUUAGAAAGCUGGCGUGACACAAAACACUAGUGAAAUGUGUUUUUUAAGCUUGGCGUCUUACACGGCUUACCAGUUAUAACUCUUAGUACGUUCCUAGUUGUACAGCAAAGAAACAAUUUCUUGUUCUUAUUUUUGUAAUUAUGACUACAUGACAUCAUCUCAGCACUAAAAGCGUUUUAUGAAUGUACCAUUUUACAGUUAGAAUAUACCUCAUUUUACGUUUUAUGUUAUCAAAAGUUUUGUCAACUUAUUUUGUCAGUUUGCCGAUAUUAUGGUAGAGAUGUGCUCAAUGCAGUCCAGUGUAUGUGGAAUCAAGCACCAGUUUGGCACUGCACACCAGCGUACUGAGAUGGAAAUAGACCAGUGAAUAUAAAGACAAAGUAGCAGUCCAAUGUUUGUGCAUUUCCAAGACAGAACAGACAAGAACUCUUGCUGUCUUGCUACAUACAGUACAAGACAUCCAUGACUACCCACAUACUUUACCAGGCUUGUGGUUUGUGAUAUUUGUGUCCAUCAAAGGAAGCGCCAGAGCCUAAUCUGAACGGACUGAUUCAUUUGUUGUAGCUCAGUUCUGAACGUGUGGUUAUUCUUAGGCAUAAUUGCAGCCAUGUUGGGCUCUUCCCACCUCCUAUCAAGCAUAUCUCUCUGAAAUAAAUCAAUGUUUUCUUGGCCAUUUUAAAAGAAAGAUGUCCAUUCCGAGGUGAAAUGUAGAAAUUGUUUUCCUUUUCUAAUUGAACUUUUCAAUGUGAAUUGCCCAUACCAAGAGAAAGUGAGAAAGUGCACUAUCAGUGUUAAGAAUGUUGUUCCGAGUCUAUGCAUAACAAAAGAUUAUCCUGACAACAUAAUUGCCUUUGGAACAGACUUACUGUAGUCUUGCUUGCAAUAGGCAUUCUGCCCCAGACCCAUAUCUUCCUCUCUCAGGAAAGUGUUUGCGUUCCAUUCCUAUGUGUCGUCACUGAAUUUAUCUUGAUGAGCCGAGGGCAAGGUCUUCCCCCUCAUCCACUCACAGAGCAAUAAUGUCAUUCCACACACCACUGUGCCUCUAGAUUACGUACAAAAGCUCUACUCACACACACACACACACACACACACACACACACUAGGGUUCUCUACAGUUACACUACAGCUAAAGAAUGACACCCUUAUACCGGCCAAUCAAAGUAGUCCUUAUGUUUACACUGAAGUUACAAACCAAAAAAGGGAACCAACAGUACCCGAGACUUUGUUUCUGAAAAUGGAAAAACAAAAGAUGAAAACAGUGAAAAAACAAUGUCAUUAAAAAUAAAAAAAAUGUUUUUUUGUA